AUGGAGCUGGAGCUGGAGCUGGAGCUGGAGCUGGAGCCUCUCUGUCCAAUAUGCGGCGUUAGAGCCCAUUCUAUUGCCCCUCGAUACUGGACCAACGCGCGUAUUCCAGAGUGGCUACAGUCGAUCCGGGCAGCAGUAUAUAAAAGGCCUGAUGAUUCUGCUGGUCUCACUGGAGUUGGAUACCUUAACUCCCAAGAUGAGCUCGUCGCACCUGAAGACCGAGAAAAGCACAUUGCCCCCGAUGACCAGGGCAAAAAUUCUCCCGAAGUAGUUUUGUACAUCGGGCCCUCGAGCGCGUACGAGACCCCAUCCGCCGGAUUUGGACCGCAACUUCCUGCAUUCUUAGUCCACGACGAGUGCUGGGAGGUUUUCCUCCAGCGGAUAUCGUAUGGACGCAAUAUUAAGGAGUAUCUUACCGAUCUGAUACAGAUAUUUUAUCGUGUCAGUUAUUACAAGGAAGCCUUUGCUUGCCACAGACAUGAUUUUGGGGACUUUUAUAGAUUCUGGUCGGGCGAUCCCAAAGAUUCCGAUGAGAUGAUGGAGACGAGUGGGCUCGGUUACGUUGAAACCACUCCUGCGGAGUAUGACAGUAUGGAGGAUCUCGUGGCCGAUCUUAAAAUCACGUGUAGAUUCAUGCCGGACAGUUGGCCUGCCAUAAGUGACGCCGGUAGUGAUAUUUCCACUACUGAUAGGCCAAUAUCUUCCACAUACCGUCUACCGGAAAAUGGCAAUACGGAUCCAUUCGCCAAGUUGCCCCCGGAGGUGAUUUAUACGCUCCUGAGUUGGACAGGCUCCGAUUGUAUAUGGCAACUGUCUCUGGCAUCCAGAGCAAUCGCAUCGAGAGCACAGUUGGAUUUGUACCCGCCGUCCUUCUGGUACAGUAGGUUUAUGCCUGACUUUGAAAUGGGGUUUGCACUGCCAGGGCACGUGAAGGGAUCUCAAGAUUGGUACAGUCUUUACUUGAUGAUCAAGUGGGUGAUUUACAAGCGCUCGCACGAUAAUCUCAGAAAUAGGGAGAGGAUUUGGAAUUUCUUUCGGGACGAGAAGAGGUUGUAUCAAAAGGUUUUCAAGAGUCGCGAGGAUGUCUCCACAUCUGCCUGA